ACAAAAUUACGGUUUCUUCUCCCAUAUGACAUUUGCAAUUCCUGCCUAGCUGCAAACCUUGACCAGCACGUCCCGCUCACAAGUCAUACUCAGCGAAGCCUAGACAGUUAGUAGUGCGCACGUGGAGCUUGGUGUUCCAGUGUUGGACUCUCGCCAUGACGGCCGCCGCCCAUAUCCACGAUGGCUGCGGCCAACACCAACUGCAUCGGCAUGCGGAGUCCACGCCGCGCGACCUCGAGCGCGCACGGCAAGCAAGACCCCUGCUCGGUGUCAGCACCCGCUGAAACGUGGGGGGAACCCAACCUUGACCCGUACGGAUGUACAAAACCGAAAAAGGUGCGAGGGGUUCAACGUACGUAGUUCGUGCCAGCAAAUUUUGAGCAGAUGGUGGCACCGGCGGCGGAGGCGGAGGCGGAGGCCGGCCGCAAGACCUUGCCGGAUGAGUGCAAGACCCUGUGGCAGAUCGCUGGGCCGGUGAUCCUUACCGGCGUCUUCCAGUUCCUCAUCGGCUUCGUCACCGUCGCCUUCGUCGGCCACAUCGGCAAGGUCGAGCUCGCCGCCGUCUCCAUUGUCAUCGGCGUCAUCGAAGGCCUCGGCUUCGGGCUCCUUCUCGGCAUGGGGAGCGCCCUGGAGACGCUGUGCGGGCAGGCGGUGGGGGCCGGGCAGCUCCACACUCUGGGCGUCUACAUGCAGCGGUCGUGGAUCAUCUGCCUCGCCACGGCCGUCGCCCUGCUCCCGGUCUACAUGUUCACGGACCCCAUCCUCCGCCUGCUCCGGCAGUCCCCGGAGAUCUCCGCCGUGGCGGGGCGGUACGCGCGCUGGUGCGUGCCGCAGCUCUUCGCCUACGCCGUCAACUUCCCCAUGCAGAAGUUCUACCAGGCGCAGAGCCGGGUGUGGGUCAUGACGCUCAUCUCCGGCGGCGCCGUCGGCGUGCAUGCGCUGCUCAACUGGGUCGUCGUGGCCAGGCUCGGCCGCGGCCUCCUGGGCGCGGCCAUGGUCGGGAACGCCUCCUGGUGGCUCAUCAACGCGGCGCAGUUCGUGUACGUCGUCGGCGGGUCCUUCCCGGAGGCGUGGACGGGGUUCUCGCGCAAGGCCUUCGCCAGCCUCGGCGGCUUCGUCAGGCUCUCCCUCGCGUCCGCGGUCAUGCUCUGCUUAGAGAUGUGGUACUACACGGCAGUAAUCAUUCUGGUGGGUUGCUUGAAGAACCCAGAGAUUCAAGUCGGGGCCGUUUCCAUAUGCAUGAACUACAACAUCUGGACACUGAUGGUAUCCGUCGGUUUCAAUGCCGCAGUGAGUGUUCGCGUGGCCAACGAACUUGGCGCCAAGCACCCGAAGGCAGCCAAGUUCUCGGUCGUCGUGGCGGUGACCACGUCGGCCGCCGUCGGGCUCGUCUUCACGCUCGUCACCCUCGUGGCCAGGAAGCAGCUGCCGAGGCUUUUCACCGACGACGAGCUAGUGGUCAAGGAGGCCGCAAACCUGGGGUACCUUCUGGGUGCCACCAUAGGCCUCAACAGCAUCCAGCCGGUGCUAUCAGGGGUGGCCAUUGGAGCUGGGUGGCAGUCCUUGGUCGCCUGGGUCAACAUCGGCUGCUACUAUCUCAUCGGCCUGCCCCUUGCAGCUGUCUUCGGCUUCAAGCUGAAGCUUAACGCAACAGGGAUUUGGGUGGGGAUGCUGACCGGCACGGUUCUGCAGACCGUCAUCCUGUUUGUGAUCCUCUUCAGAACCAAAUGGCAAAAAGAGGCUAUGCUGGCAGAGGAGCGGGUGCGGAACUGGGGAGGAAACGUCGAGCUGCCGACCGUCCAAGAAGCAAGAUGAAACGGGAACGGACAAGGCUGGUUGCGCACACAUCAGACAAAUUUGACAGGACAGGAGUCCACAAAGAAUAAACACAAGAUAUAGAAAUGCUAGUACAUGAAUCAUUCUCUCUCUUUUUUACUGAGAGAGACUACUGUAAUCAUUCGGUGUAGCUGUAUUCAGCAAGGGUCGUCAAUUUUGUUCUAUAAUCUCUUGAAAGCAGAAGGUUAGAAAUUA